CCCCCCCCCGCAUCCCUGCCUCAGCCUCCAUUCGCAGCAGCUGCAGUCUGGUCUGGUCCGCACCGCACGCGCGCUCGAUGGCUACCGACGAGCUCGCGGAGAAGCUGCACCGCAGGCUGGACCUGCAGCAGGGCGCGGGACAGCCGCCCAGACAGCCGCGUGUCUUCAACCCGUACACCGAGUUCAAAGAGUUCAGCCGCAAGCAGAUCAAAGACAUGGAGCAGAUGUUUAAAAGGUUUGACUCUGGGAAGGACGGCUUCAUUGACCUGAUGGAGCUGAAGAUGAUGAUGGAGAAACUGGGAGCUCCUCAGACUCACCUGGGCCUGAAGAGCAUGAUCCGAGAGGUGGACGAGGACUACGACGGCAAGCUCAGCUUCAGAGAGUUCCUGCUGAUCUUCCACAGGGCAGCGGCGGGUGAGCUGCAGGAGGAGAGUGGGCUGAUGGCUCUCGCUCGCCUCUCAGAGAUCGACGUCUCAACUGAGGGCGUGCGGGGAGCUCGCGAAUUCUUCGAAGCCAAGGCUCAGGCUCUGUCUGUGCGCAGCAAGUUUGAGGAGGAGCUUCGUGAGGAGCAGGAGGAGAAGAAGAGGAUGGAGGAGGACAGAGAACAACGACGCGCCGCCUUCAAAGAGCUGCAGUCCACAUUCUGCUCUUGAAUGCACAAACACACACCCACCCACACACACACACACACACACACACACACACAUACACACACACACACAUGCACACGCAGGCAGUAAUUAAAGAAACAUCAAUGCAUGCAGUGCAGCUAAAACAAUGCUUACCAGCUUUUUAAACUGUGGUCAUCACACUUACACACACACACACACUUACACACACACACACACACACACACACACACACACACACACACACACACAGCAUGAAUUACAACUGUAAUUGUAUGAAAGUCUGGGUACAGUUUAUUUUAAGGAACAUUUUUAAGAAAUUUCGCAUGCCACAACCCCAUAUCAACCACAAUGCAGUAUCUUAGCAACUGCAUGAGAUACCGUAUCAACCACAGGGCCAUACCCUGAAACAGCCAGAUGAGAAAUAAUCGUAUAUAGCUAUUAGAAGAUGCUUAUAAAAGAGUGCAGCAGCUAGACGUACCACCUUAAAAGCUUCACAGCACCACAGUAAAUAUAAUAUAUUAACCAAACUCUGUGAACACAUACUGACUCUUUUAUAGUGUCCAGUACUUUUAAAGUUUUAACUAUUUUAAAUACACCAAUGGACUCGAAAUGUUCAACGUUUUUGAUCCACCUUAAAUGCUGCAUCUGCGCAAUUAAAUAGUUUAUAUUGGGGUAAAACUCCAGCAUGAAUUGAAACUCUAGAGCUGCUAAAAUCCUAACCCCUAAAAAUACGUUCCUUAAAAUAGAGCUACCGAAUGUUUAUUAUAUGUACAGUGCCAGUCAAAAGUUUGGACACACCUUAUAUUCAGUGGUUUAUCAUUAUAUUAAAGUGUUCUGCAUUGCAGGUUAAUACUAAAGUAAUUCAAACUAUGAAGAGAUACAUUUGGAAUUAUGAAUACCAGAAUAUGUUUUAUAUUUUCACACCCUUGCUUAGAUUAGACAGCUUUACACAUCUUGGCUGGAUUUUCUCAGUCAGCUUUAUGAGGUAGAGUCACCUGGAAUUCAGGUUUUUAGUUAACAGCUGUGCUGAACUCGUCAAGAGUUAAUUACAUGAAUUUCUUGCUCCUCUUAAUGUGUUUGAGAGCAUCAGUUGUAAAGUUGUGAAGAGGUAGAGUUACAGGUAUACAGUGAAAAGCCUUAUUUUAGUAAUGUUUUAAUUCAUAUAAUGACCAGAUCUACUCAACUUAGUAAAAAAAAGGAAUUUAAAAAGUAUCCCCAAGUGCAGUCAAAAAGACUAUUAAAAACGUUAUGAUGAAACUGGCUCUCAUCAGGACCACCCCAGGAAAGAAAGGGCAAGAGUUACCUCUGUUGUACAGGAUAAGUUCAUCAGAGUUACCAGCCUCAGAAACUACAAGUUAACAGCUCCCCAGAUAAGAGCACCUAAAUGCUUCACAGAGUAUUUUGGUUUGUUUAACACUUUUAAGUUACUACAUGAUUCCUCAUGUGUUCCUUUAUAGUCUGGAUCACUUCAGUAUUCAGUUACAAUACAGAAAAAGGUGUGUCCAAACGUUUUAUUGGUACUGUAGAUAUAUACAUAUAGAGAAAGACACACACAGAUAUGCAAAUAUACAUAUACACACACAUAUACUAUAUACAAAAAAUAUGCAUAUGCAUUGCAAGACAUGCACACACACACACGCGCACACAUGCACACACACUACAUGUUAAACCCUGUACCUCGUAAUGAUGUAAGCAGAAGCACAGCUGUACUAGUUGCGCACUGUAAGGUGUCACUGUAACUGUAGCUAAAUCAGCCCACACACACCUAGCUUUACCUGUGUGAGCCUACCUUACUCCUUUAAGUCAUUCUAUUUUUGAAUAAUUAUUAAGACGUUUGAUGUAAAGUACUUUAGUAAAUAAUACUAUGGUAAAUAAUCAGAGGUAUAACUUUUAAAGUGUCUGUAAAGUUGGAUUUAUGGAGCAAAUACUGAUCAUGAUGUCCAAGCGUACUGUGAUGUGUAGUUUAGAAAUGAAGGGAAAAAUAUAUGAACAAACUUUUUUUUUUUGUUUCGUUUUUAUUGUCGCUGUCGUCAUUUUUGUAUUGUAGUUUGUUUUAAACCAUGCUUGUCUUUUUUUAUAAUGAGUUUUGGGUCUUCAUGUUUAACGUUAGACUACCAGUGUUUGUUUUUUUGUAAAACAUUCCCAUUAUUAAAUCAGUGUAUUUGUAGAACAUGUGUUUUCAUUGAUUUAUUAAAUGCUAUGGUUGUGGUUGUGGUGGUUGUUGUUAUUACUGAUGGUGAUGCCAGAAGCUUGAAGACGCUUCUAAUUAGUGAAUUCGGAUAAGGUAAGGUGCAUUAAUUGCAUUUAGGUAGGAUGCAAUUGAUAUGGCUCUGUAA